AGUAAAUAGCAGUUUCCCAUCCCAGCCUCAUUCUCCUCCAUUAAUGCCAAUACAGAGAGAGAGAGAAGUAUUAGUAUUCAUAUUCAUAUUCAUAUUCAUAUUCAUAUUCAUAAUCAUAUUCACAUUCACAUUCACAAUUUCUUUGUAGCAAAGAUUAAAAAGAGAAAAAGCCUACACUACACCCUCUCUAUUCCUUCUACUUCUGGCGCCAUUUGCAGACUCUACCUCGUUCAAACUCCACCCUUUUUCCUCUCCUUCCAUUUCUGGAAACACCCUCAUGGAACCCACUCUCGGCAGCACCGUUUCUGCACCCUCCCUCACACCCUCGGUUCCCCAGACAUUGAACAUGAACGUCAACAUGAACGUGGGGAGCACCGAAACGACAACAACGGUGGUGCCACCUGCGCCUGCGCCUGUGCCUGUGCCAGCCACAACAACAACAACGGCAGCAGCAGUGACACCAACAACAUUGGCGCAAGGGAGUUUGGAUUUGUUUGGGAAGAAGAAGAGAGGGAGGCCGAGGAAGUACGACGCAGAUGGGAACCUGAGGGUGAGUGCAACGCCGCAACCACCACCACCGCCGGGUUUCACUUUAUCGACACCACCUGAGUUUUCUUCCAAAAGGGGUCGUGGCAAACACGCCGCGUUUGGAACCUACCAACCCUUUUCUUCUUUUGGUGAGGUGUUUGCAAACACUGCUGUUGGGGAUUUUAUACCGCAUGUGGUGACUGUUUAUACUGGAGAGGAUGUUGCUGGGAAGAUCAUGUCCCUUGUGCAGAAGGGUCCAAGAGGAAUAUGCAUUCUCUCUGCCAAUGGGGCUAUCUCAAAUGUGACCAUUCGCCAACCCGGUUCUUCUGGUGGCAUAUUGACAUACGAGGGUCGGUUUGAGAUUUUAUCUUUGUCUGGAUCAUUCACUCUCACUGACAGCACUGGCAUAAGAAGUCGAACUGGUGGAUUGAGUGUCUCACUUGCUGGCCCUGAUGGUCGGGUGAUAGGAGGUGGUGUUGCUGGACUUUUAACUGCUGCUGGCCCCAUCCAAAUUGUGGUAGGAAGCUUCAUGCAAAAUGGUUACAAGGCCCAAAAGAGGAAGUAUCAACAUCGUGAGCAGGCAUUGGCCUCCCCUACUUCACCUGUUCCAGACAUAGUAGUGACAGCAGCAAGACCUAUCUCACAAGCACAUGCUGAUGGUGAAAACUUUCUGAUGCAUAUGUCUCAGAUACCAGACCAAAACCAGAGAGAAUCUGUCAGUGUUACAAGUGACAAACAGAACCUUGAUGCUACACCUGAUGCUACUGCUACUUGGAAUGGCUCUGAGGACUAUGAUGAUCAGAGGACAUCUCCAGACAUCAACAUAACCUUGCCAGAUGAAUAGAAUGUUAUGGUGAUGCAGAGGCUGACAUGGUAGCUGAGUGAAACUAACACCGGGAACUUUGUCAUGACAACUAGGUUAUAUGACAUGAUGUACAGUUGUCAGAAAUUAGAAAGGAUUAUUAAGGCCUCAAUAUUUUUUUUUUUAUCUUAUAGUUUCUGUUGAACAUUUAAAGUUUUCUCUUUCUUUUCUUCUUAAGAAAUGAUCAAAGACUUUGUAGGCUAUUAUUCUGUUGGGAUUGUUUCGGUAUAAUUCUUGUAUUUUUUAACU